AUGAGCUUACCCGUGAACAUUCAGUCGGCUCCGCAAGGCAGAGACACCGACUCCGAGGAGUCAGUAAGGCUCUCUGAGCAAGUCAGACAUCUUGGGUCGAAACUAGGACCCAAUGAGAGCCAGAACCAGGUGUCGUCUACAGUCUUUGAAGACGGCAAUUUUUCUGCCAAGUAUAUUUCCCAGGAUACAAAACAAGAGCUCAGCAGCUUGACGUCGCAAGAGGAGCCAGACACCAACGUCUCAAACCCUGUCACGAUAACUGGCGGGUUUCGCGAGUUGCACCCGGUCACCACGCCGAUCAGCAGUGUGGGGCCUCGCAAUAGAAGACCCAGCAUGCUUUCAAGCCUGAUGGCCAGCACGUACACCGACAAACAGCGGUCGUCUGUACGCGGCAGCGCUUCCCCGAUACCACAGGCGGUGGAAAUUGUGGAGAGACAUUUGAACCACUCUCCCGUUCGGGACAUGAACUCGCCAGCUGGUACCCGUUUCGACUCUCUCAAACGCGAGGGCGGAGACAUUACUAGAGACAUAUACAACUGGGUGGGCGAUCAGAAGGCCUCUGGCACGCCUUUACGGAGGGUUGCUAGCUCUGGCUCACUGCAAUCGAAUGGAACGUCGUCAGAGCUGCGAAUGCCCGGAGCGUUUCGUCGUGAGUUUAUUGUGCACAGAGCUUCUGAUGCCGACGGCGAAACGCCCGUUGCUGCAGAUCUAGUCAGCGAGCACUCUCGGAGACGUGUGAGACGGCCGAGGGCCAACUUUGUGACGCGCAAUUUCAUCGAGUUCCUGUCUUUAUACGGCCAUUUCGCCGGUGAAAAUUUAGAAGAGGAGACAGGAGACGAGCAGGAGUUUGUGCAGAGCGAUAUCAGUGACAUCAGUGACGCGAGCGACUUGGAAGAGGGAGACGAAGCAGCUGAUGAAGCCGACUUGUUGCUGGCGUCGUCCAUUUCUCCGGGCCCUACACACAGAAGCGACCGACGUGCGAGAUCGUCUAACAUCUCUGUGGGGGACCCCAAUAGAAGGCUAACAAGAGGCAGAAUCGCCACCAGGUCUCGUGCUCGCAGCUAUUCGUCGCACCAUAAGACAUCGAACCAGAAAGCCUUUUUGCUGCUCCUCAAGGCGUUUGUCGGAACAGGAGUGGUGUUUCUGCCCAAAUCGUUCUCGAAUGGAGGUCUUCUGUUCUGCAAUGUGAUGAUUGUGGUCUUCUCCAUUAUUUCCUACUACUGCUUCAUGACCCUAAUCUGGUGUACCGAGCGCUGGCGGGUGUCUGGGUACGGUGACCUGGGUCUCAAGCUGUUUGGACCAAAGCUCCAGUUCUCUAUUCUGUUGUCGCUGGCGUUGUCCCAGCUUGGCUUUUCGAGCAGUUACGUUGUGUUUGUUGCGGAAAAUUUCAGGGCGGUCGUCAAUACCUUCUUUUCGUGUGACUACGGCGUCGGCGUGUUCGUGGUUGUCCAACUGGCUAUUUUCGUCCCGCUUUCGCUGACUAGAAAUAUCAGUAAGCUCGGUCUCAUUGCUUUGAUUGCCGACGGGUUCAUUUUGCUGGGAUUGCUUUACAUUUACUCCUGUUCGGGGGCACACCUACUGGACAACGGCGUUUCAUCAAAAGUGUCUCUUUUCCAACCAAAGACGUGGACUCUGUUUAUGGGAACCGCAGUGUUUGCGUACGAGGGUAUAGGGCUGUUGAUCCCAAUCAAGGAGUCUAUGAAGCACCCGGAGCAGUUCCCGAAACUGCUUAUCUUGGUGAUGGUGGUAGUGACCGUCAUUUUCGUGACUCUGUCAACGAUAUCGUAUCUAAGUUAUGGAGACGACGUCAAGAUGGUGAUCUUGAUGAACUUCCCGCAGAACAAUCUCACGCUCAUCAUUCAGACAUGCUAUGCACUCGCCAUCUUGCUGUCGACGCCUUUGCAACUGUUCCCGGCUAUCAAAAUUUUUGAGUCGUACCUUUUCCACCGAGAUAGAGCUACGUGGAGAAAUAAAAUAAGGAAGGACUCGGAAAACAAAAUGCGGAGCGAAACACAGCAGCUGUUUCCUGGCGUCCCUCUUUACGACGCGACGUCGCGCGAUUUGCGCCAGCUGAUCCAGAGCAUGCCGGAGGACGCAGUGGACGACCAGGGCGUGAUGUCUGGCAAAAGUGAUUUCAUCAUCAAAUGGCUCAAAAACGUGGUACGCGUGUUUAUUGUCCUGGCUAUGUGUGCGAUCGCAUACCUGGGCUCAAGCGAUCUCGACCGCUUUGUGUCGCUUAUAGGAAGUUUCACGUGUAUUCCUUUGAUUUACGUCUACCCACCGCUGCUUUAUAUUACCAGCUUUGAAGAGCUGAGAUGGAGCUCAAAGCUGGCGAAUGGCCUGGUGCUGGUUAUUGGACUGGUGAUGAUGGUGUAUAUGAGCUGCCAAACGAUUUCCUCGUGGGGUACAUAA